AUGUUCGAAGACCUCCCCGACAUCGGUACUGAAGAAGCUUUCGCGAACUUCAUCCGCCAAAACCUGAUCACACCGCCAUCAAACGAGAUCGAAGGUCCCUAUGGAAUCACACCUUACGUCUAUGCCGAUUGGACAGCCUCAGGACAGAGCUUGAAAUGUAUCGAAGAGUAUAUCAGGGAUGAGGUUCUUCCGUGGUAUGGGAAUACGCAUACGGAAGCGUCGUUUUCGGGGCAACAGAUGGGCGCGUUUCGCGAACAAGCGAGGACUAUGGUCAAAACCGCCUGUAACGCCAACGAAUCGGACGUCUGUAUUUUCACGGGUUCCGGAGCCACAGCGGCGAUCCAGAAGCUGGUUGAUAUCCUCGAAAUACGCCUUGCACCCGGACAGGAGAAUAAGGUUAGGCGGGACGCGCUUCCCGAUAGCGAGCGACCUGUUGUCUUGAUCGGGCCGUGGGAACAUCAUUCCAACAUCCUCGUCUGGAGGGAGACAAUAGCGAGGAUCAUCGAAGUCCCUGCUUGUCCCAUCACAGGCGCAUUCUCUUACGACAACUUCAUACCCAUCCUCGAAACCUUAAACUCCCAGGCCCGCCAUCCGCUGCUCAUAGGAACAUUCUCAGCAGCAUCCAACGUCACGGGCAUAACACUCGACAUGCGGAAAGUAGCAAGGAUCAUGCAUACAUAUGGAGGUCUGGUUGUUUUUGACUGUGCGGCCUGGGCGAGUCAUACGCCGAUCGAUAUGAACCCCGAAGACAGUGGCCGUGGGGAAGUUCAUGGGGAUCUUGGGGAGGCGCCGGAUGCGGUGGUCUUGUCGCCGCACAAGCUGCCUGGAGGACCUGGCUGUCCCGGCGUCCUCCUAGCCAAGAAGCGGAUCUUCAAGAACGCCACUCCGAGUUGCGUUGGUGGAGGAGUCGUCGAGCAUGUUUCUCGAGAUGGUGCAAUUUGGGUCGAGGAUACUGAAACGAGGGAAGAGGCGGGAACUCCGGAUAUCGUUGGGGCUAUUCGGUGCGGGCUGGUCUUCGCGCUGGCGCGCGACGGGUGUUUCUGCGCUCAUACCUACAUGGCCGAUCUACUCGAGAUAUCCGAAGACGCAGCACGACUGAAGUCUCUUUUCAAAGUGUAUAGGGAGGGUGCGGUCAGGGUCAGCUUCCCCUGGCUUCAGUCGGAGGAGAUGGUGGAGUAUAUCAUUCAGGCGGUCGCUUGGAUCUCGGAAAGGGGAUGGCGGUUUCUACCGGAUUAUCAGGUCGAUUGCCGGACGGGAAAGUGGACCCAUAGAAAACGCCUUCGCGACAUCAAAAAGCUUUCAGUGUGCGAUCUCUUUGUGCGUCGCGCUAGUCCGCUGAAACGCCAAUGCGCAUCGGACCCUCAUUGGACGGAGGUGGUUCAACGAUUGGAGACUCAUCUUUCGAGGCAGGCGGGCACACCCAUGUCGGAUUUGCUUUUAGAGGAACGAGCGAGAGAGAAAAGUCACAGAGCUGAAGAGUUCCGGUCCUUUGCCACUCCCUUCGAAGCCACUCAGCUAAGAGCCUCAGGCAUUGAUCGCGCCCUCUCACACGAUCGUAUGGAGGAUGCGACAGCUUGGAGUGGAUUCUUGUCCACCUUGCCGAAGAAACGACAUCCAGUACCAGAUGCAGGGCUAGAUACCUUUGCCAAUCCGGAUGUGACACGCAAAUCGGAUGCUUGGUCCGAUUCCGAUACGACGAGUAAGCCCGUGAAGAAACCAAACGCGCCGGUGCCCACGCCCGACCAUCCUCGUCGUCGUUGGUACAGCAGAUUCCUUCCCAAGCGAAGAUCGUCGAAAGCGAAAAUCGACACGCCUCCGUAG